UCUUUUCUAAACUUGGAACUGAAGUGAACUGAAACACGCCUCUCUCUCUCUCUCUCUCUCUCUCUCUCGAUUUCUCUGUACAAAGGAGAGCAGGGGCGAUGAGAGGUGUCGGCACUAGUGGGUAGGACCCGCAUUCGAGUAUCAUCUAAUCCCCUCCGAUCCUUCACUCGCAUGUCACCUCCAUCUCUCUCUCUGGCAUUUCCAAUGGAGGGGUGAAUUGGGAGAGUUCUCUCAAGAACACCCACAUUGGAGAAUCCAAGAAUGAGUGAGCUUAUACAAUAAUCCUCUCUACUCUCUCUGUCUUUCGACUCUUUCUUGCUCUGGGAUUAUGGAUUCAGUGACGCGUCUCGACUAUGUUCUGUUUCAGCUCGCUCCAACCAGAACUAGGUGUGAUCUGGUCAUCUACGCCGCCGGCGCCAGCGAAAUGCUAGCUUCGGGCCUUCUUGAACCUUUCCUCUCGCAUCUAAAAGCCGCGAAGGAUCAAAUUUCGAAAGGUGGGCAUUCUGUCACGCUUCGCCCCCCGUCUACGGCGGCCGGCGCUUCCUGGUUCACCAAAGCCACUCUGCAGAGAUUUGUGAGGUUUGUGAGCACACCGGAGGUUCUUGAGAGGUUUGUGACCAUAGAGAGAGAGAUUGAGCAGAUCGAGAACUCAGUUCAAUCAAAUGGACUGUCUAACACUGUCGUGCCGGCCGAUACAGAAGGCAUUUAUUUACAUGCAUACAUGGCUCGUAUGCAUGCACAUAAAUCAGCAAACAUUCUGGAAGGGAGAUCAGCAGAACUUGAUUACACUGAUUUACAUCCAUAUUUUAUUUGGCAAGCCCAUGCUACUCCUAUGGCAGGUUGGGGGUGGGCAUGGUUUGUCUGGAUUGCAAGCAGUGUGGGAGGGUUAGGAUUCAAACCCAGGCCAAUGGUCUGGGACUGGGGCAGCAUUCAGCACCCUGACUUCUGGGAUGCCUCUCAGUCCUCAUUGAUUUGGUAAUUGACGACUUGUAGAGUACAAAUCUCCAUUGGAUGUAUUAGGUGCAUUAUUUGACUCCAUUGAAUCCCUGGUGGUAUUGGUUCACCCCACCACACUAUCAAACAAAAAACUGCAACUUCCAAACAAAAACAAUAAACUGGAUGAGAUUUUGCAAUUACAUUCAAGUUAUCCUGGUUUGUGCGCUAUCCAGCACUCCACAUGGUCUAGCUGAAUCUCUCAUUUGUGCCCAUGCUGUUGCCUGUUGAAUGUUUUUUCAUAUAUUGUAAACUAUUCAAAAAUGUUUUAGGCUAAA